CUCAGGGGGCCCGCCCCGCCGCGGCCCGCCUCCCGGACAGCAGCAGAUUCUCCACCCAGUGGAGACUCCAGGCAGCUCCUCCUCGUCUCCGCCCCGCCAGCUGCGGGAACCGGGGACGUCAGUGCUGCCAGCGUGGAAACGGCGGCGGUGCACGGGAGGCGGAAGUAGCGCCAGGGACUGCGAGCCUCCUUCGGGCUCCGCCUGCCGCCUCAACCAUGGACGCAUCCCUGGAGAAGAUAGCAGACCCUACGUUAGCCAAAAUGGGAAAAAACUUGAAGGAGGCUAUGAAGAUGCUAGAGGACAGUCACAGAAUAACAGAGGAGGAAAAUGGAAAGAAGCUCCUCUCAGGGGAUAUUCCAGGGCCACUCCAAGGCAGUGGACAAGAUAUGGUGAGCAUCCUUCAGUUAGUUCAGAAUCUGAUGCAUGGAGAUGAAGAUGAGGAGCCCCAAGAUGCUCGAAUCCAGAGUAUUGGAGAACAAGGUCAUAUAGCUUUGUUGGGACAUAGUCUGGGAGCUUAUAUUUCAACUCUCGACAAAGAGAAGCUAAGAAAGCUUACAACUAGGAUACUUUCAGACACUACCUUAUGGCUAUGCAGAAUUUUCAGGUAUGAAAAUGGCUGUGCUUAUUUUCAUGAAGAAGAAAGAGAAGGACUUGCAAAGAUCUGUAGGCUUGCUCUUCAUUCUCGUUAUGAAGACUUCAUAGUAGACGGAUUCAACGUGUUAUAUAACAAGAAACCUGUUAUAUAUCUUAGUGCUGCUGCUAGGCCUGGCCUGGGCCAGUACCUUUGUAAUCAGCUUGGCUUGCCCUUCCCCUGUUUGUCUCGUGUGCCCUGUAACACUAUGUUUGGAUCCCAGCAUCAGAUGGAUGUUGCCCUUCUGGAAAAAUUGAUUAAAGAUGAUGUAGAACGAGGAAAACUACCAAUAUUACUUGUUGCAAAUGCUGGAACUGCAGCAGUGGGACACACAGAUAAAAUUGGGCGUUUGAAAGAACUCUGUGAGCAGUAUGGCAUAUGGCUUCAUGUGGAGGGUGUGAAUCUGGCAACAUUGGCUCUAGGUUAUGUCUCCUCUUCAGUGCUGGCGGCAACCAAAUGUGAUAGCAUGACAUUGACUCCAGGCCCAUGGCUGGGUUUGCCAGCUGUUCCUGCAGUUACCCUUUAUAAACACGACGAUCCUGCCUUGACUUUAAUUGCUGGUCUUACAUCAAAUAAGCCAGCAGACAAACUCCGUUCCCUGCCACUGUGGUUGUCUUUACAAUAUUUGGGACUCGAUGGGAUUGUGGAGAGGAUUAAGCAUGCCUGCCAACUGAGUCAACGGUUGCAAGAAAGUUUGAAGAAAGUGAACCACAUCAAAAUCUUGGUGGAAGAUGAGCUCAGUUCUCCAGUAGUAGUGUUCAGGUUUUUCCAGGAAUUACCGGGCUCAGAUCCAGUGCUUAAAGCUGUCCCAGCGCCCAACAUGGCACCUUCAACAGUCAGCCGGGAGAGACAUUCCUGUGAUGCACUGAAUCGCUGGCUGGGAGAACAGCUGAAACAGCUGGUCCCUGCCAGUGGCCUCACCAUCAUGGAUCUGGAAGUGGAGGGCGUGUGCUUGAGGUUCAGCCCUUUGAUGACAGCAGCAGUUUUAGGAACUCGGGGAGAGGACGUGGAUCAGCUUGUAGCCUGCAUACAAAGCCAGCUACCUGUCCUCACCUAUACACUGCAGCUGCGAGAGGAGUUCAAGCAAGAGGUGGCAGGCACAGCAGGCCUCUUACACGUUGAUGAUCCUAACUGGCCAGGAAUAGGGGUUGUCAGGUAUGAACAUGCUAAUGAUGAUAAGAACAGUUUGAAAUUAGAUCCAGAAGGGGAAAAAAUUCAUGCUGGACUCCUGAAAAAGUUAAACGAACUGGAAUCUGACCUUACAUUUAAAAUUGGCCCUGAGUAUAAAAGUAUGAAGAGCUGCAUUUACAUUGGUAUGGCAAGUGACGACAUAGAUGUUUCUGAACUAGUGGAGACCAUUGCAGCCACAGCCCGAGAAAUUGAGGAAAAUUCAAGGCUUCUGGAGAACAUGACAGAAGUGGUUCGGAAAGGAAUUCAGGAAGCUCAGGUUCAACUGCAGAAGGCCAACGAGGAGCGCCUUCUGGAAGAGGGGGUGUUACGACAGAUCCCUGUAGUAGGAUCCGUGCUGAAUUGGUUUUCUCCAGUCCAACCUUCACAGAAGGGAAGAACUUUUAACCUAACAGCAGGCUCUUUGGAGUCCACAGAACACACUUAUGUCUACAAAGUACAAGGUACUGGAGUAACACCGCCUCAGACCCCCUCAGGGACUCGCACUAAACAGAGACUUCCAGGUACAUCUGCAUGCCAGAAGCCUUUUAAAAAGUCCCUAAGAGGUUCAGAUGCUCUAAGUGAAACAAGCUCAGUCAGUCACAUUGAAGACUUAGAAAAAGUGGAGCCCGUGUCUGGUGGACCGGAACAAGAGGCCCUGGAGGCUAACAGCCCUGAGCAACACCCAGGGGCUCCCACCCCACAGGAAGCCAGGCAGGCUGGAGCCUUCCACAACAGGGCCCAGGGCCCAGAAGAUGACCGCCCACAGGUAGAAGAACCGGAAAGCUUAAGAUAAAAUUCAGUGUUUGGUUUGAGACUGUAUGAAUAUUGUGUCAGGAAAGAUGAAGUUAUUCUGAAAAUGUGAACUGUGCCACAUGCUAACACAAGAGAAAUUACUGUUAUUUGUGCUUAACUGGGGUUUUUGCACAAAUAUGUGCCUGAAAGCCAGGCUUUCUAGGAAGGUAAUUGACUUGUCUAAUUUUAUGGAUAUAGAGAACAACUAUUGUUUCUCUCUACCCAACUGUAGUAAUACAUUUUAUCCCCAAGUUACCGUAAACACUUUUUAUUCACAAAGAACACUCGGAAUGUCAAGUGCCUGCCACUUGAAACACUUGCUCUUAUAUUUGUAAACAUAAGCAUAAGUUAUUAGGUUGCACAUAAUAACUUUUUGGUAAGACAGCUUUCUUUAGAACUCUGUGGGUUCUCUGUUGUUACUGCGGCAGAGGAGAGACAGAUAGCUUUUGCCAUCUAUAUUAGUUGGUGUUUAGUUUGAUCAGGUUGCAGAGCACAAGUGGAUCGUGUUGGCUUGAAGGAGAAUGGGUUUCAAUGGGAUUGUAAAUAAGAGCCCUCUCCUGCCAUCCCCGACCGCUGCUUUCCCUGAAGACGUAAGGACUGUGUCCACUCCAGCUGUGGCAGGCUGUCAAGCAAGUUAGACUGGGCUGUGCUUGUCUGACUUUCCUCUGCCACAGCUCCAUUCCUCCCUUUAUAUACUAUUCGUAAACAAAUUAAAGGAUUCAUCUAUUAUGGGCAAAGACUCUUCUUGACCAUAUAUAUGUGUAUUUUUAAAUACUGGUAAAGCUUUUAAAUUGGCGCAAAAGAA